GCCAGGGCACAGUCGGCCGCAGUACUAGUAGGCAGCCUGUAAAGUGGGCAGGUCAGUGGGAUGAGUACCUGAGCCUGCGCAUGCGCCUCGCUGCACCAGUGGCUUGAGACUCAGCUCAGCAGCCAGUUGGAAACUGCAGAAGCAAAGGGAGCAGUUCUCCCAGGCGAUUGGAGUGGGAAGUGUUACUCUUCGCCUCUCUGGAUUAUUACACUCGCCGCUCACUUCUGCUUUUACCUGCUGCUCUGCCGGGACUACACUGCCUACGGCUUCAUGGAGCGACAAGCAAAGACCAGGAUAGAUCUCACAUCAUGUGAAGGGUGUGGAUUUGAAAUUUGACAAGUUCGUUUUUGGAUGCUGCACUUCUGCCUUUGCUUUUGAUGCUAGUGAUGCUCCUUGUGAAGAAAGGACUGCGCCAAGAUGCAUGUUAUGAAUUGUGUCUCCUUGGUCAAUGACAAAGAAAAUGGAGACUGCAAUGUGGUUAUAACAGAGUUAAUGGUCGAACAGCCUCCACCUCCUCCUCCUCCACCACCUCCUCCUCCUCCUCCACCACCUCCUCUUCCAUUUCAAAAUGUACCACCACCUCCACCAUUACCUGGUGCACCACCACCUCCGCCACUGCCACAUCAAAUGGGAAACAAACAUGGCAGUAACAGUAAGAGGAAUAGGAUGAGGAGUUUCUUUUGGAAAACUAUUCCCGAAGAGCAGGUCAGAGGAAAAAACAACAUCUGGACUAUGGCUGCCAGGCAGCAUCAAUACCAGAUUGACACAAAAACAAUCGAGGAACUGUUUGGUCAGCAGGAGGAACCUAGAUCAAGACUGAUCAAAACAAAAGGGAAUCUGGGGUCCUCUUUCAAGGAAGCCAAGGAAGAGGUUUCUCUUUUGGAUUCAAAAAGGAGCAUGAAUAUUGGGAUAUUUUUGAAGCAGUUCAAAAGGUCAACUGAUGAGAUUAUAGGAGACAUUCGUGAAGGCAGAUAUGAUCUUUAUGGGCCUGAGCCCCUUCAAGAGCUUCUAAAGUUGUCACCAGAAUCAGAAGAGGUAAAGAAGCUAAAAGCAUUUAGUGGGGAAGUAGCCAAGCUGUCUAUGGCUGAUGCCUUUAUGUACCUGCUGAUUCAGGUGCCAAACUAUUCUUUGCGGAUUGAAGCAAUGGUGCUUAGAAAAGAGUUUCACUCUACCUGUUCUGCAAUAAACAAUGAUAUGAUGGUCAUCGGGAAAGCUACACAAGAGCUGAAGUUCUGUGAGCAGCUGCACUCCAUUCUCUUCUUGGUCCUACAGGCUGGAAACAUAAUGAAUGCGGGGGGGUACGCCGGAAACGCAGUUGGCUUUAAGUUGUCGUCCUUGCUAAGGCUAGCAGAUACAAAGGCAAACAAACCAGGGAUGAAUUUGCUACAUUUUGUUGCUCUGGAAGCCCAAAAGAAAGAUGCUUCACUUCUUAUGUUUUCUGAGAAGUUGCCCAGUGUUGGUGAAGCAGCCAGAUUAUCCAUUGAUAAUAUUGAGGCAGAAUUCAAGUCAUUGUCAACCAAAACAAAAUCUAUCAAAGACCAAAUCAAGAAGGAACCUGAACUUUUUAAGCAAAUGGAAGAUUUCCUACAGGUUGCUGUUAAAAAAUUGAAAGACCUGGAGUCACUGAGGGCUGAGUUAAAGAAGGAGGGCCAUACCCUUAUUGAUUUCUUCUGUGAAGACAAAGAAACCAUGAAACUUGAUGAAUGCUUCCAGAUAUUUAGGGAUUUCUGUGACAAGUUUAACAAAGCUGUAAAGGAAAACCGAGAGAGAGAAAUUCAAGAUCUCAGACAGCAGAAGAAGCUGAAGGAGCUCGAGCAGAAACGCCGUUCCUGGCUUACAAGUGAAAAUACAAACUUUGGAAGGAGUAGCAGUGAAAAUGAUGUGGAAGUUUUGACAAAUGCUGCAUUUGAAGAUUUUCUGCAACAAAGACCCCAAAGUUCCUUGAACAGGAACUCCAGCUCAAGGCGUUCCCGUCUCUCAUUGGGGGUUGCAGCAGACCGAGAGCUUCAGAUGUACUUAGGAGCGUCACAAGUAGAGGAAACAAGCAAGUUCAACAGCCUGCCCAGAUCUCUCACUCACAAGCCAAGGCCAACUGUGGCAUGGAUAGAUUCUAAAGUAGAAAAAGACCAUUCCCUAAAUACUUUGCACUUACAAAAUGACACUAGGGACACCCAAGAACAAGUACACACCCUGGUGAUAACUAGCCUGGAAGAUGAGGGGAAUAUGCACACUGCCAAUAAUAACGUUCAGCAACAACAGGAGAAAGCUGACCGUAAUAACAAUAAAGCAGAACUCCACCAAAAUGGAACAGAUCUGAAGCAGCGUACACAGGUGAACCCUUUAGUGGUAACCGUGGAGGAGCAUGAACUGGUCAAAAAAUUACAGCAGUUCGAUCUUAGUGGAACUGUGUGUGAAAAUAAUGAAGAUGUUAUCAAAACAGAGGACGAAACCAAUGAUGGUUUGAGUCUGUGCUCAAUCAGCUCAACAGAUGACAACACAAUUCUGCUCAGUAAAAAUAAAGAAAAUCCUAAAGCAAGUGACUCCAAUAGCAACUCAAAUGGGAACAGCAACGUGACUGAAGACUUACUAAAUCUAAGCACAAGAACAUCUGAAAGUACAGGAGCUUCUGAAAUAACUGAGCAUACUCCACUGUUCUCUGUUUCAGAUAGCACUGAAAACUCUUUAAUGCGUGACUUCACUAGUGCUAAAGAUUUGAUAUCUAAAACAGAAAAGACUGAAAUAAUACAAAAAGUUCUGAUAAAAAGUGGUGAUAAAAAGAGCUUGGAUUCAGUUGCAAAGAUACCUGUCUCUGGAAAGCCUGAAAGCACAGAACAUAAUGUUAAAAAAGUUGGUCUUACUAAGGAAACUACACUAAAAAACAAAGAUAAUCUCAGAAAAACCAGCUCUUUAAAAGAGAGAACCCCUAGCAGUAUCAAGACAAGUAUCGGUCAGUCUAGUAACACAGUAUCAACAAAACCAGUGCGGAUGCUGAAUGAUUCUGAGCAUGAGAAUAUGAGAAAAGUUGUCCCUAUUUCUAAAUCCAAUAGGUCUGGCAGUGUAAAGCGUACAGAACUGAGAAGCUCUCUCCGGGAUUCCCAUAGCAGCGACAAUAAGCAGACCCUCAGACAUUCACUCAGGGGGAAGAGUGAGAACUUGCCAAAAAAUUCUUCAAAGACUUACUCACUUUCUGAGGAACCCAAGCUACAAAGAGGAGACAGCUUCAUAUCAAAUGGUUCCAGGUUUCAGCGGGAUCAACUUCAGAGGAACAAUUCUGUGAAAAAGCCAGCAGCAAAACCAGUGCGUAAUAUUUCUAAACCAAAGCCCGAAGACACAAAACUUUGUCGCACGACUGCUAAGGCAGCCCUAAGCAAUACAGACAGUAAAACACCCCCUGCACCACCAAUAAAGUCACCAUCAUCUUCUAAAUCUACACCAAGCUUUGCAAGAAAUACUGUAGCUUCUUCUUCAAAGCGUGCACCAAGCGAUUCUACUCCGCCAACCAAAGUAACAACCAUGUCUAGAACUGGCUCUCUCCGCCAAUCAAAAGUAAAGUCUGACCCUAUUAGUAAAGAUGCGAACACAAAAGAUGAUGGAAAUGUAAAUACACCCAAGAGGGCCAAUAGCUUAAGAGCAAAUGGAAGGCUGAUGGAACCAGUUAGAGACUCCAUACCUGAAACUGAUCAAAAAGAAAAAAGUAUUGUGGAAAAGUCCUCUAUAAAGCUUAAAGACACAGGAAAGGCAACUCUAGGCAAAAUACUGAAACCUUUACUAAAGUGAGUGUUAUUUACCUUAAUUUACUUUGUUUUCUUGACAAGCCCAUUUUGGGUGAGCACAGCAAAGGGAACGUUUCUUUGUCAGUCCCUUAUUUUGACGUGCUGCAUGUAUAUUAUAUGCAGCUAGCCAUACUGGAGGCACCAGCUCAUCGUUCUGCACAUUUUGUGUUUUCCUUGUUUCCACUUUUUGGUUUUUAACAUCAGGAAGGAGUUUAUGAUGGAAGAUAAAAUGUGCUUGUUACAGAUCUUGGGCGGCAUAUGCUUAACAUGGAUACAAAUAUCUGUAUGUGUUUUUGUUCUGUUUUUUUACAUUUCGAGAAAAUUCAUCCAGAGGAGCAAAAGACUCAGAUGAACCCUUUAACCCACUGAAGGACCUGAUUGAUUAUUGACAUUAAGGCUGGCCACUUCCGGUCUCUUGAAAGACUCUGCUGGGUGGAGUCUGCAUAUUAAUAGAUGCCCCCUUAGAACUAUAAGCGGCACAGGUGUGCCUCCGUAUUGCACAAGAGGACAUGUCCUAUAGAGGGGAUGACUCACAAUGCUAGUGCAUUCACUGGAGAGUUGUCUGCUUUCUUCAACACAAAAGUGCCAUGUAUUUAUAAUGCAUAUCAAAAGGUGUUACAACUCCAUAUUUAAAGUCUGAUUCUUUGUUAAGAGCACUUCAGCUGUUAUGUGUAUUCUGUUAUGGUUUUCUUUAUUGUUCAUAUGUGAAUACUGCUGCUAGGGUCCUCUUGUUUAAUAAGCUUUGAUAAAAAAAAACAUUCGCUGUUCCUUCUCCUCCUGUUCCCUUUGAUCAAACAAAUGAGGCCCAUUGGUCAUGUAUAGUAAUUAAAUCCUGUUCCCAUUCUAUUCUGAAACAGCGCAUUUAGUAAAAGGAUAAUUUGGCACAUCCAAGGGGGGGGGAUCUAUUGCUACAAUAUGUUUACAAGAGCUUUUACAUAUCAUGCCUUAUCUGAGAUGUUAAUAUACUGAUGAAAUUACAAAUUUUAUAUAUACUUAAAAAAAAAAAAAAAGUUUAAGCGGUGGUGGAAAAAAUCACUGGGUGAAUUAUUUAUUCUUGUUCAUAGGUGGCCAACUGCUGCUUGUGGUGUUAAUAUAACAUUACAGUUUUACUCAAUUAGAUGUUUUUUUCACUGGGGAAAACUAUUUUGUACAGGGGAUGAAUGUGUCCCACUAGUAGACUCCAUACUAUUAAUCAUUUAUCCAUAGCCUACAAUAGGGAAGGACCCGCAAUCUGGUUCUGUAGAUGACAAACCAAUAAUGGCAGCUCACAAUAUGGAACAUGUUAUUCUUUGAAAAUAAAUAUUCAUUAGGGAUUUCCAAACUGCAUCCCUCCACCAGUUCUCUGAGAAUACUGAUGAGGAUGUCAGGGCAUGGGCUGAAGAAUCCUAUUUACUUGGAUCUGAUACCAAGGACAAUAUUCCCCUGCCCAGUGGGUUUGGGAUUUUGUUUUUCCAUGUUUUGUAAGUACAUGGCCAUUAUAUGGCCUCCCCCAGCUUGUAGCAGCUUGCAGAGGAGGCAUGGAACCGUAGCCUAGGCUGUAAAUGCUAAAAAUGUCUGUUGCUAUGAAAUGGUACUAUGUGACAUCUAGAUCUACAGGGCCUGUUUAUCAAGGUGUGUAAUAUGGAAAUAUGUACCUAAAAUGAAUAUGCUGACUGCCCUUUUGCUUGUUUAUGUUGUAAUAUGGCGAAUAGGCGUGUUUUUCAGCGAUAAAUAGGCAAAGUGGGUGCAAGCGUAAUGGUGAAAAAUGGUGCUUUUUACAUUGAUAAAUAUGUCCUGUAGACAUUGCAAACUGCCAGGGGUACAGAAUGAGAUGACACACUGCUAGGCAGACUGUAGAACUUGUAUAUUAAAUGGGAAAACCUGAUACACAUAUAUUGUCCAAAUAGUCCAGUGAUAACUUAGAACAUUCCACUAUGUCUGUAAUGGGCAACCAGAGGCCCUCAGUGUACAACUAAAACUCUCAGUACUUAAGUGUUGUUCAGAGUUGUAUUUCAUCAACAUGUGGAGGGCCACAAUUGUCAGGUAUGCUUAUACUUUUUCAGAAUGUAGUCAAACCUUUAAAAUUCAGCUCACUCAGGGACAAAUGCAUACGACAGGGUACCAAUGGAACCCCAUAACCUUCAGUGCAAGACAGGGAGAGCACAAUUGGGAUUCCCCAGCUCCUGUAACUCCCGGGGGCUGGCUGUGCAUUCUGGGCAAUGGACUUCAGCAGCAUCCAGAGAGAACUACAGCUUGGCAGCAGCUGUGUAAGCAAUUUCUUAUGAAUUUACAUGUGCAGAAAACUGUAUAACAAUAUAAUUUAAAUGUUUGUAAAAAUGUGUAUAUAAAUGUACAUAAAUAUUUAAUGGAACUUUUGCAUAUUUGAUAGUAAACAAAUAGUUUGCUAAUAAAUUCCUUGACCAUGGGA